AUAGUAUUGAAAUCAAAGUUUAUCUUGACAAACAAAAAGGCAAGGAACCUGAAAAAGCACAUAAUAUUGAUACUGGAUUUGAUCUAAGAUUUCCAGAAGAUAAAUCAUUAGAAGUGAAACCAGAAAAAAUAGCCUUCAUUGACA